CCGCGCUAUGUGGGCCCCACCUUUUCCCUCCUCUCGAAAUUUCGAAUUUCAUACCCCUCGACUCAAGCCGGCGAUGCCGCCGGCGGCGGCGAGCCCCGGCGGCGGGCUGAGGAGGGGGACGGCGGGAGAGGCGCCGCGGUCGGAGAAGAGGCCGCGCGAAUCCCAAGGCCUCGAGAGCGAGUCCGGCUCCGACGGCGGCUCCGGGUCGGACUCCGACGGCGACUUCGUCAGCGAUUUGAGGGAGAUCGUGUGCCUGCUGCGGCUGAUCAAGGGCGGGGCGGACAGGGAGGGCCAGAAGAUGUGCGAGCAGAUCAUCGCCAGUGUUGCAGCAGAUAUUCAGACUAUGUUAGAAGAUACCAAGUUAAAGUUUGAGAAACAAAGGCAGAAUUUGCUGAAAGUAUUGUCAAACACUUCCAAAGAGCAGUGUGACAGUUCAUUGAGCAAAGAGUUCAUCAAAUUUCAAGAAUCAUAUGAAAUAUUCUGUAAAGAAAAAGAUGUGCACGUACAGGCAUUCAGAGACCUGUUCUCAAAAGUUGAAGUUGAGAAGAAGGCCUUGCUUGAACAGUUUGAAAAUCAUAGGAAGGAGGAGACAGCCACGUUGUCAGAGCUUGACAAUACCUUCUCAGAGAAGAUAACACGCGCAGAACAAUCUCUUCGGAAGACUGAAGUUGACAACACGUUCUCAGCGAAGAUAACACAUGCGGAACAAUAUCUUCGGAGGACACAAUUUAACAACAUGUUCUCUGGGAAGAAAACACAUGAAGAACAAUCUCUGCGGAGGAAAGAAUUUGACAAGACGUUCUCAGAGAAGGUAACACAUGCAGAACAACCUCUGAGGAGGAUGAAGCAGGAUGAUAAGUCCUUCAUCAUCCUUCGCAAGUCAGUUGGCUCGUUCCUUGAGUUUGGCUCCGAUGAUGAUUUUGACCUUGACGAUGACUAACGCUGCUGCUUGUAUAGUAUACUUGUUACAUCAGGCAUUGGCAAUGCAUACAGAGGAUGUAAAUAAAGUGAAGCUUUCGGAUAAAUUUAUGUAUAUUAUAGGAUAAUAGUGUUCGUUUUCAGUUUAUAGUUUGUGUUUUUGUAUCAAGCUCACUGUCUCUGCUUGAAUGGUUGGUGAAUUACGGCAGCAUACUGCAACUGUUACCGAGAGCAGUAAGUUAAGCAAACCCAACAUUCGCAGCUGUGUUUAUCUACAUGCUCUCAUGGUGAUACAUGAGAGAUUCCACAACGGAUGUUUCUCUGUCCUAUGUAAAUUCUUCACCUUUACUACACAUAUUACGAACAUCCCAAGGGUAGAUACAAA